AGGGAGGAGAGAGAGGAGGAGAGCAGAGCAGAGGUGAUCUUGCCCCUAUUAGUCUGUGGACUACAGGAAAAUGAUGGGUUGAGAAGGGAGUCAUGGAACCAAACAAAGUUCUUCAUUUUGUGCCAUCCGAGGCUCCUUCCUCGGGCAUGGCCAAGAAUGGAUACUUCUAUCAGGAGAUGGAGCAGAGGGAGCGAGAGGAGCAGGAGGAGGGCAGUGAAGACCGUGAGGAGGGUCAAGACUCUCCUAUCCCAUCAGGAGAUGACAUUCAUCUUUACGGCAACCAGACACACCAAGGAGGUACAGACACCGACGUCCAUGGCUGUGUCUUGCUCAACACGUCACGAAAAUAUGUAAAGCUGAUGAACUUUGAGGAGGAGGUGAGGGCCCACAGAGACCUGGAUGGCUUCCUGGAGCGGGCGAGCAUCUUGCUGCAUGAGGAUGAGGCGUCGCUGGACGACGUGCUGAAGACCAUGCUCCGGCACAUCUCCCAGGACCCGCACACCGCCGAGCCCGUCUGCAACUUUGAGGAGAUCAUGAGCUCACUCUUCACUGAUGCUGGCUCACAGGAGGUCAACGUGCACCUGUUGUCCGAGACUCUGCAGUGUGUGACAGCCACAGCUACGGGCAUUCAGUACCAGCAGUCCUGGCUAUGCAUCCUCUGUAAUGUGAAAAACCUGCAGCGGCGGCAUGUGUGUAUCUCUCGCCUGGACCGUCCUCAGAACUGGGGAGAGAACUGUGCUGAAGUCCGCUAUGUCAUUCUCAUACUGGCACCUCAUAAGAUGAAAAGCACCAAGACAGCGAUGGAGCUGGGCAGGACGUUUGCGAGUAUGUUCUCAGACAUCUCCUUCAGACAGAAGCUGCUGGAGAGUAAAACUCAGGAGGAGUUUAAGGAAGCGCUGGUCAUCCAGAGAUACCACCUGACCGCCGCCAAGCGCAAAACCACCACUGUAGAGGAGGAGGAGACUGACCCACACAGCCACAAGCCACUCAAGUGUAGAGAUUUUUUCAGAGUGGGCAGAGGCAUUUAUGAAGACCUGUGUCGCCGCCUGCCCUUCUACACAUCUGACUUUACUGAUGGCAUAGUGGGUAACAAUAAAGCACUAGUAAAGUACAUGACAACAUCCAUCUUUCUCUACAUCGCUGUUCUACUUCCUGCCAUUGCAUUCGGCUCACUUAAUGAUGAGAGCACAAGAGGAGAAAUAGAUGUGCAGAAGACGAUCAUUGGGCAGAGUAUAGGUGGAGUUAUCUAUUCUCUGUGUGCUGGCUCGCCUCUGGUCAUCCCCCUGACUACCGCACCCAUUGCCAUUUUCAUCAGUGUAAUCAGGGAGAUCUGUGAUGAUUACGAGCUGGACUUUGCUGCGUUUUACGCUUGCAUUGGCCUGUGGAACAGCCUCUUCCUCAUCAUUGGAGGCGUCUUCAACCUCAGCCUCCUCGUCAAGCUCUUCAAGAGGUCGAUAGAGGAGGUGAUUGCUCUGUUCAUUUCGAUCGCUUUUGUAGCAGAUGCUGUCAAAGGCACUGUCAAGAUCUUCCAUAAGUAUUACCAUGCUCCUACACUGGCCAACGGCAGCAUAGAGGAGCUGAAUCGAAUAAGCCGAGGCCUUUCAGUAGGGGAGAUGAACCUGACCGGGGCAGGGCUACUGUCCCUCCCAGAAUCCUUUAUUCUGUGCACACGAGCACGGCCUCUGCUCUGCCUGCUCCUCAUGCUGGGCACUCUGUGGGUCGGGUACACACUCUACCAGUUUAAGAGGAGUCCCUUCUUGCAUGCGAAGAUGAGAGAGAUUUUGUCAGACUGCGCUCUUCCCAUCUCCGUACUCAUCUUCUCCUACGUGGGCUCCUACGUCUUCAACGACAUUGGCUUGCCAGUGUUUGACUUCCAUGAGGGUCCCGUGUUCAGAGUGGCCCCGUUAGAGAAGCUGACAGGAGCCAGUGUGCUGAGUGCCAUGGGUCUGGGUUUUCUCCUCGCUGUUCUCAUCUUCAUCGACCAGAACAUUGUAGUCUCCCUCACCAAUGCCCCAGAGAACAGGCUGCUGAAAGGCACAGCAUAUCACUGGGACCUGACUCUGUCGGGCCUGAUCAACAUUCUGAUGUCGGUACUGGGCCUGCCCUGGAUGCACGCCGCGUUCCCCCACUCCACUCUGCACGUGCGGCAGCUGGCCUUCGUGGAGGAGCGGGUGGAGGGCGGCCAUCUCUACGAGACUAUAGUGAGUGUGAAGGAGACGCGGGUAACAUCGCUGCUGGCCAACAUCCUGAUCGGCGUGAGCAUGCUCCUGCUCCCCGUGCCUCUGCAGUGGAUCCCCAAGCCCGUGCUCUACGGUCUCUUCCUCUACAUCGCCCUCACGUCAAUCGACGGGAAUCAGAUGUGCGACCGGAUGGCGCUGCUGCUCAAGGAGCAGACAUCCUACCCUCCCACUCACUACAUCCGGAAGGUUCCACAGAGGAAAAUUCAUUACUUCACUUUUCUUCAGAUGGUGCAGCUGCUUUUUCUCUGUGCGUUUGGGAUGUACCCUCUCCCCUACAUGAAAAUGAUCUUCCCUCUUCUAAUGUUUAUCCUCAUACCUAUCAGGAAUUGUCUGCUGCCCAGGAUCAUUGACGCCAAAUACCUGGACAUCAUGGACGCACAGCACAUGUAAACGCACGCACACUGCACCUCCAAGAAAAGGACUCUGGGAAUUGUAUUUCAGAAAUGCAAAACUCUGGGAGGAAAAAACAGACUGAUUCUAGUGUUGAACAGCAGGCAUUCUGACGAAGCACUGAAACAGAGAGAGACGGAAAGAGGAGAGGGAGAGAGAGAGAGAGCGAGAGAAGGGGGGAGAAAGAGAGGAACAAAGGUGAAUAUGAAGGUCAGACUAUAUUUCUGACUGCUUCAUGCGAUCUUGGUCAGUCACUGCUUCUCAUGGUUUUCCCAUGCCAAAGCUUGUAACUUUGGUUUAUUCGGAUGUACCCGUGCAUCAUUAAAUUGACCACUCACUGGUUUUAUUAAACGAUCACACACGUAAAUAUAUAUUUACACGCAAUUACAUUGUCGUGCUGUUGAAUCACAACUCUGACUGACAGCAAGAAAAGAGAUUGAUGGUUCGGCUCUCCUCACCACGUUCUCACUGUGUUUCUGACACCACACAAAAAGGUCACUGAACAAGAGAGUGAAAUGAAUCUAUCUGUAGCAAUACCUCUUUGAUAUUGACCACUCACACAUAUGAAAUGAUCUAGAUGACCCAUGGUGCAUCUCCUGUUCAGUCAUUCAACAAGUGAAAUCAAUCUGUGUAUCAUAGACAUUCCAGUGCAUUGUGGUGCAUAUCACUGAUACUGAUGAAGUCAGCACCGACCAAAAGAAUACACACACCCUGCUUGAUACUGUGUCUCAUAGCAAUACAGUGUUAUAGAAUAUGAAUAUUUUAGAUAUUUCUAUGGGAGAGAUUUCUUUUGAGGUUGAUGUAUUUCUUGAUUGGAUACAUGGCGACACGUGUUCUGAAUGUAAUGUUAUAGCGCUGAUGCUUCAGGGAAAGGGUGUCCAGAUUUAAGACAAAGACUCUCCUCAGACCUUAAAGCCCUUACUCACUGCAGAAGGAAUUAUUACAAUUUAAGCUUUGCACAUUACAGAACGUCACAACUUUCUCUGUUCUCAGAAUGCACACAAACAUGAUUGCAUACAAAUACAGCCGCACACACACACACACACACACAGAUAUGUAUAGGCAUGUAAUUAUACACACAGAUUAGCAUGCUUGCUCACACACGCUCAAUUCUGGCCCUACUUGACACAGUAUAUGGCCGUAAUGAAUAAAGCAUGGCUUUUAUAAGACACCAAAACUUUUACAGUUAAAGAGAGUGAAAGUAUUUAAAAAGUCAAAAUUAAGAUGGAUUGUUAAGUGGAAUUCUCCGACAAGCUGGUUUUUAUAUGUUUUACCCCAGCCUUCAGCCUUUUCAUACUGUACAUGUCUAGACUGGACACCAGAUAAUCAGAUCUCUCUUGAUUUGUUAUAGCAAUAUAACCAUUUAAGUGCUCAAAAACUUACAUUAUAUUAAAGUCACUGACUGUUUUACUCUAGAAAAAUCUAAAAUAGCAUAUAGAUUAAUAUUUCAUGUCAUUGACUUUUAUCAAGACUUUUCCGAUCUUGCUGAGUCAUAUACAGUGUAUUCAUCCUGAAAUCCCCAAGUAAACCUCUCAGAGCAUCCCAUGUUACUAACACUGAAAGUGGGAAGAGAAAGGGAGAGAGAGAGUGAGAGACAGAGAGGGAGAGGGAGAGCAAGCACAGAAGGG